AUGUCGACCGGUGCAAACGCCUCCCAAAACGACCCGAUGCAACAUCCCCUCGAGGCCAUCUCUCAGGGUAUCCAAAGUGUUGCUGGAGAGAAACGUGCGCCAAGGCAAAGCCAUAUGGGCUCAGCCAACGAAGGACCUGCCGAUAUAGCUGCAAAGAUCUCUGGUGCUGUUCAAGGCGGAAAGCGUGAGGAUGAUGGGCCUUACUUUACCUCCAAUGAAGGUAUCCCAUGGAUCGACCCAGCACACAGCAAGACCAUCGGCGGUAUACCCGUAGCGAGCGAUGUGUUCCUUUUCCAGAAGCAACAGACUUUCAAUCGUUCCAAGAACCUGGAGCGAAUGGUACAUCCUUGUGGUUCUGGUGCGUUUGGAUACUUCGAGUGCACCAAGAAGGUUGAUUCUCUCACAAAAGCCAACUUCCUCUCCAGCGUAGGUGAAAAGACUCCUGUCUUCGUCCGAUUCUCGACAGUCACCGUUGGUCGUGAGUACCCUGAUGAAGCUCGCAACCCCCGCGGUUUCGCCAUUAAGUUUUACACCAUGGAGGGCAACUACGACAUCGUCGGUCUCAACUUCCCCAUCUUCUUCUGCCGCGAUCCCAUCCAAGGACCAGAUGUCAUUCGAUCCCAAGCCCGUAACCCAAGGAAUUUCCUUCCAGACUACGAUGCGCUAUUCGAUUUGCUAGCAAAUACCCCGGAGAGUAACCAUGCAGGCCUCAUGUUCUUCAGUGACCAUGGCACACCGGUCGGAUGGCGAUUCAACCAUGGUUAUGGCUGCCAUACCUUCAAGUGGGUCAAUUCGGAGGGCAAAUUCGUUUACAUCAAGUACCACUUCAUCGCCAAGCACGGCCAGAAGCAGUUCACACAGCGAGAAGCGACACAGAUGUGUGGUGAAGACCCAGACUACUCGAAGCGUGACCUGUGGGAAGCCAUCGAGAAUGGAGAAGAGAUUGAAUGGACCGCCAUGGUUCAGGUCAUGGAGCCCCAGGAUGCGGAUCCCGAGAAGCUCGGCUUUGACCCCUUCGAUGUGACCAAGGUCUGGCCGCGCAAGCAGUUCCCUAUGCAAGAGUUUGGUCGUCUGGUUCUAAACAAGAACCCCGAGAACUUCCAUCGCGAUGUCGAGCAAGCCGCUUUCUCGCCCGGCAGCAUGGUGCCUGGUAUUGAGGACUCGCCCGACCCAUUACUCCAGUUCCGCAUGUUCUUCUACCGCGAUGCACAGUAUCACAGAAUCGGUGUGAACCUGCACCAGAUUCCCGUCAACUGCCCCUUCAUGUCGAAGUCUUUCUCGCCUUUGCAGUUCGAUGGCCAGAUGCGUGUCGAUGCCAACCACGCCGGAAACAAGCAAUACGUACCCAACAGUUUUGCACACAAGUUCCGCCCUGACGUCGCCGAGGCACCGUACCAGGUCUCAGACAACAUCAUGAGCCGCAAGAGCCAUUAUUGGCAUGAGGCCAAGAAGAGCGAGUACGACCAGGCAAAGGAGCUGUGGACUAGGGUCAUGUCGCCCGAGAAGAGGCAACACACCAUUACCAACACUUUUAACAUGCUGAAAUUUGUCAAGUAUGCCGACAUUCAGAAGAAGUACCUCGCACAAGUCUACAACAUUGGUCCCGACUACGCUCAAGGGAUCUAUGACCUCCUCGCAAAGUCUGAUUCCAAGCCUGAGUUUCCCUUCUCAGAGGUUGAGAAGCUAGCUGAGUCUGCACAUGUUUGGUUCAAGGAGGAGAAAUUUCGACCUUCCAAUGGUGAGAGGCUGACUGGAUAUGCGCCAAGUGGACCCGUCUACAACUAA